AUGACCUUCACUUCCGAACCAUCUUUUCUCAAAAAAUGGCUUUGCUUCGACCGGCUGCUCGUUUGGGAGGCAUUUUCAAGCAAUGUGGGCGCCUAAUCGCUACCACACAAGCAAAUAGAAGUUAUGCUGAUAUGGCUUUUACAUUUGCAUCACCAUCAGAGGUAUUCUAUAGAGAUGCCAGUGUGAAGCAGGUUGACGUCCCUUCCUUGUCUGGCGACUUUGGUAUUCUGCCGGAACACGUUCCAUUACUAGCUGUUCUGAGACCAGGAGUUGUCAAGGUAUACGAGGAGGAUGGCUCCACUAAUAAUGUUUUUGUGAGCAGUGGAUCAGUCACCAUCAAUUCAGAUUCGUCUGUUCAAAUCCUAGCAGAGGAAGCGACACCCCUAGACAGAGUAGAUGGUCAGGCAAUCCGGGAAGGACUCACCAAAGCCCAACAAGAACUGACAUCCGCUUCAUCAGAGGUAGCAAAAGCCGAGGCCCAAGUAGCGAUCGAUUGUUACGAAGCUUUACAAAAGGCAACAGGACAUUAAGAUCAGUGAUUUUAGGGAGCAUUUUGGAGUGUGUACAUAUGGUAGAAUCAUCCUUUGAAAAUUAAAAAUCUCAUAACUUUGACAUCAUUUGAACAUCACAAGUGGAUUCCCCUUCUCAAAGUUAGACAACAAAUGUUACUUUGAACAAGAAAUUAUGAAACAAGUUUUUAUUUAUUCUUGAUAACUGACUGUCGGAAGCAGUAAUGAUAUCCUGUCUUGUUUCUUGCAUCUGAAGUUGUUGCAGACUUGUCUCAUUUGAGUAAUAUAGUGUAGGCCGUGAAAAGUUAAGAACAAGUUUGUGAAAAUUCUCGUUUUCAUUAGGCGGUUUUCAUGAUAUUCACUAAUUUACACCCGAAACCUAAAAUAGAUGGUCUCGCAAAUAAGCUGAUCAACAGACCUAAAUUUGUAUUACUCAAGUGUUUGUUAACAUGUGCAGUCAUGCCAGUUUCCUUGACUAUUCAAUUGAAAUGCAAGACUUAAGAAAUUUAUUAAGUUUUGUAAUAAGACCUAACUGUUUAGUACUAGUAUAUCAAGUUAUUUGGACCACACACAAAAAAACUGGACAGUAAGAAAUGCUCCAGAGAGACAUUGAUACUGUAUGAGAUGAUUGAGAACUUUAGGUUUUGCUGUGAACUUAGGAAGUCCUGUGAUUAACUCACUAGAUUGUGCUGUUUAUAUUCAAAUUGAAUUGGUAAUAAUUGCACCAUUCUCGAA